GGGCCGGCCCAGCCACGUGGGUGCGGCCGGGACACGCCAUGGAGCCGCGGGGGCACGCCGGCGCCCUGCCCCGGUUCCAGUGCCCCCCCGACUUCUCCGCCAGCCCCUGCAUGCCCGAGACCCCCCUCACGAAGGAGGCGCUGCAAGGCCCUUCCAAGGAACUGUGGCUGAUCCGGGCCCCGGCAGACUUCACCCCUGACAGCCUGGACGGCUGCACCGUGGUCCUGGCUGGGGCCCAGACGCUGAGGCGGAAGCUGGAUGGGUCCCGGCGGCUCUACGGCAUCCAUGGCACGCAGGGGGAGCUGGACAGCACCUGCCUGCUGGUGCCCUCUGCCCACUCUGGGCCUCUCUGCUGCGCCCCCCCCUUCUGCGGCACCCUCAGCAUCUACGAGAAGUUCGGGGACCCCAGCAGUGGGGGCCCCCCCUUGGCUGUGCCCUCCCGGCCAGCCCCCCAGGUCCCUGCAGGGCUGAAGCAGCGGUUCCUGCCCUUCGGGGGCAGCCCAAAGGGACAGUGCCCUGUGAGGGCUACAGGAACAGAUGCGGAGCCAGAGCUGGGCUCAGGCAGGAAGAGGAAGAAGAGGCGGCGGGUGACAGAGGAGCUGGCAGGCAGCCUUGCGCUGCUGGACACGCAGCAGGAGACGCCUGAGGAGCUGGGGCCCUGGGGAGGGGGCUGUACCAGCCCCAAACCACCCACCCAGGAGCAGGGGCCUGUGCAGGAGCCGAGCCCCAGCCACAAGAGGAAGAGGAAGCACAAGCGGGCACAUGGGGUGCCACAGGAUGAUGCACCUUGAGGCGAGGUGGCCCCUGCACCAGGCCAGCAGCAGCAGACGGGUGCCUCCAGGAGAAGAAUGCCGGUGUACCCUAGGAACCAGAGCCGCACAGGGUCCUGCCCGAGCCAGAACUGUGCCCGUCUCCAGCCCUGUCCGAUCCUGCCACUUUCUGGGGAGGACUUGCCAGCCCUGGCUGCUCAGAGCAGAGCCCAAUCAUAGCCACUGCAGUCCCCACCCCCAGUGCUGGGGGCCCCAGCUCUGCUCAGAUCUUCAGUGAUAAAGGCCAGUGCACAGCA